AUGUGUGCAAAUAUUGGUUUCCUUUAUUUUUUGCAAAGUCUUUCCUUGAUCCGUUCAUCGGCAUCUCCCUCCCUCCCCCACCCCGCUUCUUUAACCGUUGCUGUCUUUGUAAUUAUUUUCUCUGCUUUUUGCAUAAUUCCAUGCAAAUUCUUUAUUUUCCUUUCCUGUUUAUACGAUGGGCGAAAUUUUUCAUCUUCUUCAUUUUUUCUUCUUCAUUUUUUCUUCCUUCCUUUUUCUUCUUCAUUUUUUCUUCUUCAUUUUUCUUCCCUUUUUCUUUUUCAUUUUUCUUCUUCAUUUUUUCUUCCUUCCUUUUUCUUCUUCAUUUUUUCUUCUUCAUUUUUCUUCUUCAUUUUUCUUCUUCCCUUUUUCUUCUUCGUUCUUUCUUCUUCCCUUUUUCUUCUUCAUUUUUUCUUCUUCCCUUUCUCUUCUUCAUUUAUUCUUCUUUCCUUUUUCUUCUUCAUUUUUUCCCUUUUUCUUCUUCAUUUUUUCUUCUUCAUUUUUACUUCUUCCCUUUUUCUUCUUCAUUUGUUUUUCUUCAUUUUUUCUUCUUCCCUUUUUCUACUUCAUUUUUUCUUCUUCGUUUUUUCGUCAUUUUUUCUUCUUCAUUUUUCUUCUUCCCUUUUUCUUCUUAAUUAUUUCUUCUUCCCUUUUUCUUCUUCAUUUUUCUUCUCUUUUUCUUCUUCAUUUAUUCUUCUUUCCUUUUUCUUCUUCUUCAUUUUUUCCUUUUUCUUCUUCAUUUUUCCUUCUUCCCUUUUUCUUAUUCAUUUUUCCUUCUUCCCUUUUUCUUCUUCAUUUUUCUUCAUUAUUUCUUCUUCCCCUUUUCUUCUUCAUUUUUACUUCUUCCCUUUUCCUUCUUCAUUUUUUCUUCUUCCCUUUUUCUACUUCAUUUUUUUUCUUCUUCAUUUUUCUUCUUCCCUUUUUCUUCUUCAUUAUUUCUCUUUCCCUGUUUCUUCAUUUUUUCUUCUUCAUUUUUCUUCUUCCCUCUUUCUUCUUCAUUUUUUCUUUUUCAAAUUCAUGUUCUUUUUUAUCGAUUUUUUCUUCUUUGUUUUUUCUUCUUCUUCUUCUUUUACUUCUUUAAUUUUCGUCUUUUUGUUUCUGUUUUUCUUUCUCCUUUUUUUCACCUUACGUUUUUUUUCCAUCUUUUUUCUUCUCUUGGUCUAUUUUCCGCAUUUCUCCUUCUACCCUUUCUGUCUCUUUCUACCUUUCCUCUGUUUUCUGGCGUGUUUAUAUCUCUUCACCUGCUUCUCUCUGUCUGAAACAUCUUUGAUUGGGAUUUGUUUCCUACUUGUUCUAUCUAUCUCUAUCUAUCUAUCUAUCUAUCUAUCUAUCUAUCUAUCUAUCUAUCUAUCUAUCACAAUCUGUUCAUUAUCUAUCUAUCUAUCUCAGCUCUUUAUUAUCUAUCUAUCUAUCUAUCUAUCUAUCUAUCUAUCUAUCUAUCUAUCUCAUUUAUUCAUUAUCUAUCUAUCUAUCUAUCUAUCUCAAUCUAUUCACUAUCUAUCUAUCUAUCUAUCUAUCUAUCUAUCACAAUCUGUUCAUUAUCUAUCUAUCUAUCUCAUCUCUUUAUUAUCUAUCUAUCUAUCUAUCUAUCUAUCUAUCUAUCUAUCUGUUCAUUAUCUAUCGCAUUCUUUUAAUAUCUAUCUAUCUAUCUAUCUAUCUAUCUAUCUAUCACUUCAUAUCAAUCAUUAUUCAUUACCUAUCACAGUCUGUUCAUUGUCUGGCAGUCUGUUCAUAUCUAUCUAUCUAUCUAUCUAUCUAUCUAUCUAUCUAUCUAUCUAUCACAUCUGUUCAUCUAUCUCUCUAUCUAUCUAUCUAUCUAUCUAUCUAUCUCUUCAUAUCAUCUGUUCAUAUCUAUCUAUCUAUCUAUCUAUCUAUCUAUCUAUCUAUCUAUCUAUCUAUCUAUCUAAUAGAACAGUCGUUGUUCUGAGAUCACUUGCCUUCAGUUUAACUUCUUUCUUUUUCAAAUUCCUCCCGCACAUCAUCAUCAUAAUAUUCUUCUUCUUCGUUCAUUUUCCUCUCAUCCCACUUCUUCUUCUUCUUCUUCUUCUUCUUCUUCUUCUUCUUCUUCUUCUUCUUCUUCUUCAUCAUAAAAUACCUCUUCAAAUUUUUAUUUUUCCAUUUCUUUUUAAAAUUCUUCUUCGUUAUCAUCAUCAUCAUCAUCAUUAUCAUCUUCGUUCCUUUUUCUCUCAUCCAAAUUUUUUCUUCUUCAUCAAAUUUGACUUCAAGUUCUUCUUUUUUCAAUUUCUUCUUCGAAUUCAUCAUCAUCAUCAUCAUCAUCAUCUCUACUUGCUUGUUCUUUUUCUUCUUCUUCAAAUUCGCUUUCAAAUUCCUCUUCAUUCUUUUUUUUUUCAAAUACAUCAUCAUUACCAUCAUCACCUUUUUAUUCUUCACACCCUUCCUCCAUUUCUCCGCCUCCUCUUUCUUCUACUCUUCUUCUUCUUCUUCUUCUUCUUCUUCUUCUUCUUAUUAUUAUUAUUAUUAUUUCAACCUCUGACUUCUUCUUCUUCUUCCUCUUCUUCUUCUUCUUCUUCUUCCUUUUCUUCUUCUUCUUCUUAUUAUUAUUAUUUCCACUUCUUCUUCUUCUUCUUCUUUCUUCUUCUUCUUCUUCCUCUUUUUCUUCUUCUUCUUCUUCUUAUUAUUUCCACUUCUUCUUCUUCUUCUUCUUCUUCUUCUUCUUCUUCUUGUUCUGCUUCUUCUUAUUAUUAUGAUUAUUUCCACCUCUCCCUUCUUCUUCUAAUUAUCCUUUUUCUUUUUGAAGUACAAUUCCUGAACAUUUUGUUUUUAUUCAGAUAUUUCCACGGCAUCUUCCAACAUCCAGCUUCUUUCGGCAUCGCCGUUACCAGCCAUAUUAUGAUCGCCGCCAUUUGCAUUGUCAAGCUCAUUUUGCUUCUUCUUUCUUCUUCUUCUUCUUCUUCUUCUUCUUCUUCUUCUUCUUCUUUCGCUUUUCGACAGCAAGCCAAUUUCUUCGUAGCGAGAUUAGCUUUAACGUUUUUUUUUUUACCCUCCCCCUUCUCCUCCUCCCCCUCCCAAAGAUGGCGACGGCGAAAUUCAAGGCCGAGAAACGAUUUAGGUCACGUGAGCAUCGACAGGGAACUCCCUCCUACCACCACAUUUAUACUCGUCGCGCACGCGCACACACGUACACGCGCCCGCCUGCCCGUAAGUCGCUCUGAUCGAAGUUACGCAAGAUUUUUCGGAUUCCUUCUUCAAUAUCCCGAACAGAUUCUUCAUAUCUAUCUAUCUAUCUAUCUAUCUAUCUAUCUAUCUAUCUAUCUGUUCAAAAUAUGUAUAAUCUAUCUAUAUCUAUGUCCAUAUAUAUAUAUAUCUAUUUGCAAACUAUCUAUCUGUUCAUUGGGUCUCUUCUUUCUCUCUCUCUUUCUCACUCUCUCUCUCUCUCUCUCUCUCCGGUUCACACUCCUCCCCAGUUUUUGA